AAAUGCAACUGAAGGUCUCUGGCUGGGGCUGCUCUCCAGUAAGAUCUGAAGGCCUCUGAGCUGGAAUUCCAGACUAGUUUGCCCACCAGGUUAAAGCCAAGCAAUGCCCUUCAGUACACUGCAGAAGGCUUUGCUUCCCCCUUCGCAUCUGAAGGACCCUGGCCAAGGCUCACCACUUCAGUGGGACCUGAAGACCAGAGAAAACUAAGGCUGAUGAGGUUCGUUAUUUUUCCUCCAUCACAGGUGAUGGAGUUACACCUUACACCAGACCUCAAAGAGGCAUUUUUGAGAUGUUGGGGUUUGGAAAUCGCCACACAAACCACACAGGCGACAGGUGAUUCGUGAGACACAACACUCAGCGAGCAAUCAGCGAGGCUCCUGCCGGUUCCCGUACAGCUUCAACGUCACUUCCGGGGUCAGCCAAAUGCUAUGGCCGCUAACGCAGAGCCGAGGCGGCGGCCAGGAGUUGGGGUCGGCGUGGUGGUGCUGAGCUGCGAGCAUCCUCGCUGCGUCCUUCUGGGGAAAAGGAAAGGAUCGUUUGGAGCCGGCAGUUUCCAGCUUCCUGGGGGCCAUUUGGAAUUCGGUGAGACCUGGGAAGAAUGCGCUCAGAGAGAAACCUGGGAAGAAGCUGGGCUUCACCUGAAAAAUGUGUGCUUUGCCUCCGUGGUAAAUUCUUUUGUUGAGAAGGAGAAUUACCAUUAUGUUACCAUAUUAAUGAAAGGAGAGGUGGAUAUGACUCAUGAUUCGGAGCCGAGGAAUAUGGAGCCUGAAAAGAAUGAAAGUUGGGAGUGGGUUCCAUGGGAAGAAUUCCCUCCCUUAGACCAGCUUUUCUGGGCUCUCCGCUGUCUAAAAGAGCAAGGUUAUGACCCAUUUAAAGAGGACCUGAACCACCUGGAAGGGUACCGAGGAGAGCACCUUGAAAGGACCACGAAGACUCCUUGAUUAAAAACAAAGUCUUCAGGAAAUGAAAACUUCUGUUUCAGGACAACUCGAUUUUAUCCAUAGAGCCACGUGGUCACCAGUUUAUCUGCAGUCUCCUGAUAUAACUCAAGAACCUUAAGAAACUCUUCCUGGGGUGUGCCGCUGAAUUGUCCUGGUGGCAUAGAAUAAGGUGUGUAAGGAGCUUGCAGUUCAUUAUCUGCACUUCUGCAUGGCUUCCGCUGUCCGCUGCAUGGAGGCGAGCGUAAUAGAUUGCCUUGUGCUAGUUCAAACAGAGGUCGGAACUCAAAUAUGGCCAUUCAAGUUCAAAAGCAAGGCGCCUACUGCCAAGUUCAUCAAGCUUGAUGUUUUCCUUUUCCCUUUCAGCCACUUGAAAAGAACUUUUAAAUGACAAUUCAUGUAACUAGAGAGCUUAUGAAAAGCAGUAGGCUACAUUCCCCUGGUGUCUGAGAGACCCCGUGUAAGUGUGAGAGUAAGCUGUGGCUCCCGCCACUAACGGCCAGGUCCUCUGCAUCUCCCUUUCACAGCCUGAGACUGGGGUCCUUGUGUGCUGGGAUCACACAGGGCAAUGCAUCGAAUCACCUACUGGGGGCAGGGGGGUCCCCAGAGGUCAGGAACUCCAGAACAUCACAGCCAAAGGUUGGUUGGCUGCUUUCUCCCCCUAGCAAAUUGUAAGCUUUUACUGUAAGAGAUUGAACAGUGAAAUGUCUCCGAGGACUGCAUUGUGUGCUGCCUGCUGUCAAAGCAGAGGGUGUUCUGGCUUGAGAGAGGACUUUGGGUUUAAGAGAAUCGUGUUCUUGGCCUGAGGACCGCAUCGUGCUUAGCUAACGUUAAGAGCUAAAGCUUCUGACCAGCCCAUUCAUGCCGAUCAGCAGCCAGGCUUGGGUUGCAUGGACCCUCAUCUUUCUCUGGUCAGGCACAGCAUAGCUUUCUGCUGAUGUAGUUUCUGUUACUGAGCAGUGACUGGCCCUUCUGCUGUGCAGGCCCCUGCUGAGCUCUUCAUGUGAGGUGGUUUCUCACCAGUGCCAUCUCUGUCCUGCACAGGUGCCAUGUGGGUCCUUUACUUGUGGUUCCUGUUCUUUACCCAGUAUUCCUGUUUCACAUGGGUCAAUUUUUGAUCAGGGCAAAAACAUCAAAGAUAGUUGGAGAGUGCUGGCCGCACCUCCGGUGCACAGCCCAGGCAGAUGGUUGAUGUCAGCUGUGCCUGCACAGCCCAGUUUUUUAUAAUGGCCAGAUAUCACUAAUUUCUUCAUUUAAUCUCAUAUAUCUCAGGCUGGCUUCCAGGUCACUUUGUAGCUAAGGAUAACCUUGAACUUCCAGUCUUGCCUCAGCUGCCCUGAUGCUGAUUUAAGCUACAUCGCCCACCCCUCUCUAAGCGUGCACAGUAGUUGCCCGUGUGUGGCUGGUUAGUUUCCUGGGUUACUUUGUUUCAGUACUUAGGGUUGAACUUGGGGCUUGGCACAUGACAGGCAAGUGCCAUAACAGACUAAAUGCAGAGGCAGUUAGAGAAGCCAGCUUCCUUCUGUCAGGUCAGACAUUGAAGAGAUUUGCCAAAAUCUAAAAUGACUUUCUCACUGAAGAGUUCAUAAAAACUAUGUUAACAUGUACCUGGUUUUUACUAUAUGGUCAAUAAACUUCCCUAACUUUAAUUUCUAACAUUAAAUAUUAUUUCAUAGCUUACAAAACUAAAACCUGACUUUAAGGUUUUAUAAAGGCAUCCAAACCUAAGGGGACCUGGACAUUUAGCUCAGUGCUAGGCCACCUGCUACGCUCCGUUCAGUCCUCAUCUCCAAGAUAAAAAAAAUUACAGAAAGACUAAGAAAAAAAUGGCACCCAAAAGGGUUCCGAGUGCAUUAGCCCACAUCUCCUCUUUCAUAAGCUCGUUUCUGUGAACUGUCUGACAUCUCUGAACAUUUGUAGUUUUCUCUUUUAAAACACUGAAUAAAUGUGAUGUUUGCUAGUUUUCAACUUUUCAAAAUUACAAUGUGCUGUAUAUCUAUGUCUCAUCUCUUAUACCUACAUAUUUGUCAAAAUGUUUGCAUUCUGAUAAUGAUAAUGUAUGGUCCUUAAGCUUCUGGGUCUAGGGAGGUGGUUCAUUUGUUAAGAGUGCUUGCUGCUUGUCCUUAGAACCCAGCAUCAACACCAGCUGGCCUAGUACUCCUAAGACAUCACCUGCCUCUGCCACACAGGUACCGGGCAUGUGCCACCAUGCCUGGAACAUGUGGGAUUUAAGUAAGAAUCUAUUUCAGAAUGUUAACGGGUACUCAAGAGUAGAUGGCCAGGUUCACUUUGUGGUUUAUGCUGUUUCUUAAAUGUUCUGUGAUAGUUAUUAUAUAACUAUCUAAAACUGAUACUUAUAUAAACAUCGUGGACACAGAUGUUAACUACGAGGUAGCUAAAGAGUUAAAAGUGACUGUUUUUUGAGAAACUACAGUAAGAGGCCAAGGCAGGUGGCUGCAAGUCCCAGACUAACCUAGGUACCUUAUACAAGCAGGGAGACCCAGUCCUGUAAAAGAUGAGAAAAGUCACAAGGAGACAAGGUGAUGGCAUGAGAUGGCCAUCUAUUCUAACUUUCCUUAUCCUGUGUGUAUGUGUCUGUGUAGUAUGGGGUUGUAAUAAAUGUUUUCAGUUUCAACU